AUGUUUGAGGCGCGUCUUGCACAGGGAGCCCUGCUCAAGAAGGUGGUGGAGGCCAUCAAGGACUUGAUCGAGGAUGCCAACUUCGACUGCAACUCCAGCGGCUUUAGCUUGCAGGCCAUGGACUCCAGCCAUGUGUCCCUAGUCGCUCUCUCCCUGAGGGCAGAUGGCUUCGAGCACUACCGGUGUGAUCGCAACGUCAGCAUGGGGAUGAAGCUGGCUAGCCUCUCCAAGAUCCUGAAGUGUGCCAACGGCGACGACGCCAUCACAAUGAAGUCCGAGGACAAUGGCGACACCAUCACCUUCAUGUUUGAGUCCCCAGAGCAGGAACGCCUCUCCGAGUUUGACUUGAAACUCAUGGACAUUGACAGCGAGCAUCUUGGCAUCCCUGACAACGAGUACGACGCCACCGUGAAGCUGCCCGCCGCCGAGUUCCAGCGCAUCGUCAAGGACCUGUCCACCAUCGGAGACACGGUGGAGAUCAGCGUCACCAAGGACGCUGUCAAGUUUGGCACCACGGGUGACAUUGGCAAUGCCAACAUCAUGUGCCGACAGAACAAGGCUGCUGACAAGCCUGACGAGAGUACGGAGAUUGACAUCAACGAGGCCGUGUCCCUGACGUUUGCCCUGCGAUACCUCAACAGCUUCGCCAAGGCGACCCCCUUGAGCACACACGCCGUCCUGAAGCUCAGCAAGGAGCUCCCGAUCCUGGUGGAGUACCACAUCCCGGAGGUGGGCCGACUUGCAUUCUACCUGGCUCCGAAGAUUGAGGACGAGGACAGCAUGCGCGAUUGA